AUGGAGCGAAAAACGGUCAACGUUUUCUGCAGGCCCUCUCACGUGGCGCGAAAAACGGUCAACGUUUUCUGCAGGCUCUCUCAGGUUGGAUACGUGUUGGCAAUGGUGGCCGAUCUCUUCCUGAACUGCUUUGAGCUAAGCGAGAGCUUCUGGGCCAUACAUGAGGAAGUGGAUACUGUGAGAGGCGUAACGCCUGCCAAAUUGAGAUGCCACUGA